AUGGCUCCCACAGUGUGUUUCAACUGCAAGGAGGCGCGAGCCGUCAUUAUCAGGCCUAAGAACAGACACAAACUCUGCCGGGCCUGUUUCAUCCAGAUCUUUGAAACCGAAGUCCACGAGACAAUCAUCGGCACCAAACUUUUCUUCCGCGGCGAGCGAGUGGCGAUUGGAGCCAGCGGCGGCAAAGACAGCACAGUACUUGCAGCAGUAUUGAAAACGUUGAAUGAGCGAUACGAUUAUGGUCUGAACCUAUGCCUGCUCUCUAUCGACGAGGGAAUCCGUGGUUAUCGCGAUGACAGUCUGGAAACUGUAAAGCGCAAUGCAGUCCAAUACGAGAUGCCCCUGGAGAUCGUCGGAUACGGCGAGCUUUACGGCUGGACAAUGGAUCAAGUGGUGGCACAAGUUGGCAAGAAGGGUAACUGCACCUACUGUGGUGUAUUCCGGCGACAGGCUCUCGACCGAGGCGCUGCUCGUCUGGGCAUUAAGCAUGUUGUCACCGGCCACAAUGCAGACGAUGUUGCCGAGACUGUCAUGAUGAACCUGCUGCGUGGUGAUCUUCCCCGUCUGUCGCGUGGAACCAGUAUCGUGACCGACUCCGACGCUUCGGAUAUCAAGCGCAGCAAGCCACUCAAGUAUGCUUACGAGAAGGAGAUUGUCCUUUACGCCCACCACCGCCAACUCGAUUACUUCAGCACUGAAUGUAUUUACUCGCCUGAGGCGUUCCGUGGUAGCGCGCGCACCUUGAUCAAGGACCUGGAAAAGAUCAGACCCAGCUCCAUUCUUGAUAUUGUCAAGAGUGGCGAGGAUAUGGCUGCCCUUGUGCCCGUGGAAGUCCGAGGCUCUGGCAAAUCUAAACACGCAGGAGCAGAAGACGAAUCUGCCGGUGGCUGCGGUAGUCAGAACGGUCGAUCUAGCGGCGGAGAAAUGGCCGCUAUGGAGAAGCAACUUACUGAGAACGACGCUGCCGAGUCACGCGAGACUGAGAUUAAGCUUCCAGUGGCUACAUCGAAGAAGUCUAAGCCGGCUAAGCCGGCUAAGCAGAUCAAGGGGCAAACCAUGGGACACUGCGAGCGCUGUGGCUACAUUUCUAGUCAGCGGAUUUGCAAAGCCUGCACACUACUAGAUGGGCUCAACCGGAACAGACCCAAGACGGCAAUCGAAGUUGGCAUGGAGGACGAAGAAGGCAGUUCCACUUUGAUGAGACAGAUGGAACGUGCCCAGCUCGGGGCUACCUGA